AAAACAUUUGGGUAUAAUCUAUCGUUGCUAGUGUUGAGCAGUGGGAAUAUAACAAGUGGUAUAUUGUUGCCACGUCAGACCUAUGAAAUUAAUUGAAGAUAACAUGGCGUUGCUCUCCCGACCGUGUUAACCUUGAGUUUGUGGUUGCACUAAGCCUUUUUAUCAUUGAUUGUAUAGAGAAGAAACGGAAUGAAGCUUGGUUGCCUGAUUUAUGGUUAUAAUAAUCUCCUCUCCAGUAAGAAUAAUAACGUGAAAAGGGAAGAGAAGCAGCUCAAGCUCAUUCCUUCAAACACAAAACAAGUUAAGUUUUUCAAGAGCUUGGCUCCUCCUCUUGCGGCUGCCUUUCUCAUCUUAUCUCCAAUUUGCGCCACUCCAGUUUCAAUUGGCCAAACCAUAGAUAUCCAAAGAGGAGUCACAUUAUUCCGCCAAACAUGUAUUGGAUGUCACGAUGCAGGUGGAAACAUUAUACAACCAGGGUCUACCCUAUACACAAAGGAUUUACAAAGAAAUGGAGUUGAUACAGAAGAAGAAAUCUACCGUGUCACAUACUAUGGCAAAGGAAGAAUGCCGGGCUUCGGUAAAGAGUGCAUGCCACGAGGGCAGUGCACAUUUGGAGCUCGUUUGGAAGAUGAAGAGAUUAAGAUAUUGGCUGAGUUUGUCAAGUUACAAGCUGAUAAAGGGUGGCCAAGAGAUGAAAGUAAAGGAAUUGCGAAGAUUAACCUGUUCGGCAAUUAACUUUUCUUUAUGGUUAAUGUUCAUCCGUCCUCUUGAUUUUGCCUACACUAUUGAAAGCUAUGAUCAGGUAGUGUAUUUUAUGCUACAAGAAACUAGAAUCCGAUAAAAACCAAAAACAUAGGAGGGUUGAAUGAGUAUUCACAUUUCUUUACACCCUAUGUUAUAAAGUGUGAUAAACAAGCUAGUAAAUUGCUACAUUUCUAUGUCAGAUAAUAUUAUUAUAUAUUAGUAGUAAGGGUAUUUUAGACAAUUCUAGA